AUUCUAAAUAGCUGCGGCCUAUUCUAAGCUGGAUCUCGGAAGUCUUCGGUUAUCACUUACAUACUAUUUUUAAGGUCGUAUCUUCUUAUCCUCAAGAGUUGAGACUAAGAAUCCUCUGUAGAUACCCAUAUUCUUUUCUGUUGUUAUCUACCUAGUAGAUGGUACAAUAACACAUUAUUUUAUUUGCUUUUAAUUAAAUUCAUGCAGCACUGCUGUGUCAGAGGUUCUUUUAUUCCCUGUCACCUUCUGAUUGUCCUCCAUCGUUAAAGAUCUUGUUUGCGUUUCUGUCAUUUGUAUUUCAUUAAAUCCUAUAUCUGAAAACGGACCACACCAGCAAACCCUGAUGGCUCUUGCAUGUUCACAACCUGCCUUCUUUGCAAACAAGCCCCUUCCAUGCAAUUCAAACACCAUAACCAUAUGUAUUCAUCAUCCACAGAAGAACAAUGAUAAGAACAGGAAGAAACAGUGUUUGAAAGUUGAAGCAGUGCAAAAGUCCGUUAAAACUUCCUCUUCUCCAGGCCUCCUGCCCGACUGGAAUCCAGGCAGUUGGAGAUCCAAGAAAGCCCUGCAGCAGCCCAGUUACGGGAACGCGGAGGAGCUACAGUCUGUUCUGAGAAUGCUGGAGGCCUUCCCUCCUCUGGUGUUUGCAGGAGAGGCCAGAAAAUUGGAGGAGAUGCUGGGAGAAGCAGCUCUGGGGAACGCCUUUCUUUUGCAGGGAGGUGACUGCGCCGAAAGUUUCCAGGAAUUCAAUGCAAACAACAUCAGAGAUACUUUCAGGGUUCUUCUGCAGAUGGCUGUGGUUCUUAUGUUUGGAAGCCAAAUGCCUGUUGUCAAGGUAGGACGUAUGGCAGGACAGUUUGCCAAGCCGAGAUCAGAUGACUUUGAAGUGGUUGAUGGAGUGAAGCUUCCAAGCUAUCGGGGAGACAAUAUAAAUGGAGAUACCUUUAACUUACAAGAUCGAGAGCCUGAUCCUCAAAGAAUGGUGCGUGCUUACAGCCAGGCUGCUGCCACCCUCAAUCUCCUUCGAGCGUUUGCAACUGGAGGUUAUGCAGCAAUGCAGCGUGUGUCCCAGUGGAAUCUAGAUUUCACUUCUCAUAGUGAGCAAGGAGAAAGGUAUUUGGAACUAGCCCAUAGGAUAGAUGAAACUCUUGGAUUCAUGGCAGCCUGUGGGCUUACAGUGGAGGAUCCAAUCAUGAACACCACAGAGUUUUGGACAUCACAUGAAUGUUUACUACUGCCAUUUGAGCAAUCUCUAACGCGAGAGGAUUCUACUUCUGGACUUUGGUAUGACUGUUCUGCUCACAUGUUGUGGGUUGGAGAGAGGACCCGGCAGCUGGAUGGGGCUCAUGUGGAAUUCUUGAGAGGCGUUGCUAAUCCUCUGGGUCUCAAGGUCAGUGAUAAAAUGGACCCCUCUGAAUUGGUUAAAAUAUGUGAAAUAUUGAAUCCUACCAAUAAACCAGGGAGAUUGACGAUAAUUGUGCGCAUGGGUGCUGAAAAUUUGAGAAUAAAAUUGCCACAUCUGAUAAGAGCAGUACGGCAAGCAGGUUUGAUAGUGACUUGGGUUAGUGACCCUAUGCAUGGAAACACAAUCAAGGCACCAUCGGGAUUGAAGACGCGGCCAUUUGAUGCUAUCAGGGCAGAACUAAAUGCAUUCUUUGAUGUGCAUCAAGAGGAAGGCAGCCAUCCUGGAGGCAUGCAUUUAGAAAUGACAGGUCAAAAUGUAACAGAAUGUGUUGGUGGAUCUAGAGUAGUAACACUUGAUGAUUUACAUUCUAGGUAUCACACUCAUUGUGACCCUAGAUUGAAUGCCUCACAGUCUCUGGAGUUGGCAUUUAUUGUUGCUGGAAGAUUGAGGAGAAGGAGAAUGUCAAAAUCUGAUCUGGGCAUUUCAAGCCUUUUGAAAGGCCUAAUGUCAUUGUGAACUUAAUAUUUUAACAGAAAUUUGAGUUUGGAAAAUUAUCCUAAGUGAAAGCAGUCUGAUAUAAUUUAAUUUUAUCUUGGUUUUAGAAUCCGAGGCCAUGUAAUUAACUUGUCAAGACUAGUGAAGAUAUGUUGAAGUAGUACAAUAUUUUUUAACAUUAUCUAUAGUAAUUUUUGUUGAUAGA